UAUGAGUGAAUGCUUAGAUUAUUUACACCAAGAUAGAGCAUAGUGAGAGAGAAAACGUGGCCGAAAUAAGAUAGCAAUAUGUUUAUUAUUUUCGUCAAAAUCAAAACACAUUCCCGCAGCUCCCUAUUGGUGGCUUUCUACCACGUGACCUGGACGUGCGAAUGAAUUUCAUUAUGGCCGCCUUCUUUGACAGCUGAUGCUUAGGUGCAACAAGUUCAAACUCAUCGUUUUGAGUUAACCAAGUGAUUUUUGUAGUGAAAACGAGGUUGGACAAUAAUUAUUUGCUGUAUUAAGCUGAAAAAUGGUUAAUUCCUGUGUGAUAUGUAAAAAAAGCACCAGUAAAGACUGCGGGCGAUCCAUACAUCGUUCCAGUAGCACAUCUCCAGAUGAAAGGCCUGUGACUCCAGAACCAUUAGAUACUAAUAAGCUAGGUAGUGUCAGGGAAUCCUCAAAACUGAGUAAUUCUGAACUAUCCAGAACUUUAACAGCUAGUGAUUUGUCUGCUACACUGACUACUUCAGAUUUAUCUGCUACAUUGACUGCUUCAGAUUUAUCUGAUACAUUAACCGCUUCAGAUUUAUCUGCUUUUUUGACCGAUACAGAAUCCUCUGGUGCUUUGACAGUUUCAGAAUUGUCCGGUACUAUGACAGCUUCAGAAUCGUCAAGCAACUUGGUAUCCUCGGAAGUAUUAACAGUAGCACAUCCAACUACUUCUGAAGCUAAAAGUUCUGUACCAAGACCAAGAAAAAGAAAAUGUUUUGUUGGUGAUGUAAGGGAUGAAGAUUUCAGGACACCAAAACAAGGAAAAUUUGCCUUCUCCCUUGCUAAACGAAAAAUUGCAGAACAGAAAAAGAAACUGAAAGCAUUGAGGAUGAAGAACAGAAGACUGCAACAGAAAAUUUCAGAUAUUUCAGGACUACUGAAUAAUUUGAGGGAAAUGAACCUUAUAUCCGAUAAUGCUCAAGAUUAUAUAGAGGCAUCGUUACCAGGUCCUAGUAGAGAUAUGGUAAAUAGACUCAUAAGGGGAUCAAAAAAUCAGAAAUUUACACCUUCUCUACGAGCAUUUGCCCUAUCAUUACAUUUUUACUCGCCUAGGGCCUAUAAUUAUGUUAGGGAAAAAUUCAAUAAUUCACUUCCACACCCAAAGACUAUUUCUAAGUGGUAUCAGACCAUCGAUGGAACUCCUGGCUUCACAACUGAAGCCCUCAGUGCAUUGAAGAACAAAGUGCAGCAGUCUGCGGGAGAACAAAUUUAUUGCAAUCUGGUAUUGAUUGUGUACUUUUCGAUCCUGUUUGGAUUCAAUUACCAAGGACUAUAGCAGUAGUAGAUAUGGAUUCUUAGUUAUUUUAUUAUAAACAUUUCUGAAGAAUCGAUUAUCAGUAUAUUUUAGUUACCUAUCGUAUUUCUUCAAAUCAUUAUUGUAAAAAUCAUUUAUUUUAUGUUACAUGUUAUUUUUUAUGGAAGUUAUUAAUACAUCCUUGCUUGAUAAUCAAUCCUGAUUAUGCAGGCUUUCAAGUUUCAAUUGCUAUUCCACUAUAAAUACUGAUUCUCCGUCCAUUCCAUUGCAAAACUCACAAAAUUCCAAUCAUCUAUCUUAUAUAGUGGAACAAAACUAUACAUUCAUAAUAUCAUUUGCUCUCAAAGGUGCAGGUAAUGGAUGGACAAGGUUUCAGUAAGUAAGUAAGGCCUAUUACAGCAUUAAUGAGAACUGAUAUGAUUAUACUUCACACUUGAUGUAAAACUGACCUAUCUAAUACAUUUUCAUGUCGAACUGGAUCAAUAAAUUUAUUGUUAUUUUUGUUAUUCAA